CUACUGUUCGUGUGACCGCGGCCCAACGCGAUGACGGCGAAGGUGGACGGAACGAUAGCGGAUAUGACCGCGGCCGGAGCGUUCGGGCCGGACAGCCGGCUCGUCUCGUUCGAACUGGAGGGGCUGCACACCGAACUGGAUCAGUUCGCGUCGUUAGUGCUGUACGGCACGGCCACGGUCGACGACCGCGACGGUCGACGCCACAGCCGUCGGCUCGUGUUCAAGUUCAAGCACCUGGAGCCCGAGGUGCGGGCCUUCAUCAGGAGCGACAAUCAGUUCCACAACGAAAUACUGUUCUACGAACGGAUAGCUCCGUUCCUGUUGGCCAAAGGCUCCAAGAGGAACGGUGGCGGGACCGCGGGACCGACGCUCUGCCGUUACUUUUACGGGCGCAACAAUUGCGACGAAGAUGCGCACUUGGACGUGAUCGUAUUGGAAAACGAGACCGUUCGCGGAUACCGGACGGCGGUGACCGGCCACCGGUUGUCUUUAGAUUUUGACCAUCUGAUCGUAGCGCUCCGAACUCUGGCAAAAUUUCACGGGCUUUCCUACAGGGCAAAACACGAGGACUUGGCGAAGUUCAAAGAGGUGAUUGCCGAUGUGAAAGAUACGCAAUGGACCGAAAGCGGUGAGUGGACAUUCCAGCCAAGCAUACUCCAGGGACUGUUUUCGGUGGCCAUAGACAGACUUAAAGAACGUCACGUCGAGCGCGGCGGCUGCCGGGACGACGAAGUCGAGUGGAUUAGCAGGUUCCGGUCGGAUCUGUUGGCCGACGCGAUGCAAUCGUUGAGGCGCGUGACCACGGCCGUCGAACCGACGGCCGUUCUGUGCCACGGCGACUUCAACCGGAACAACCUGCUGUUCCGGUACGACGACGGUGGCCGGCCGGUGGACGCGCUGGCGUACGACAUGGCCACCGCGCGGUACGGGUCACCGGCCCUGGACCUGUCGUUCUUCCUGUACAUGAACACGGACCAACGGAUCCGGGACGAUCACUGGGACGCGUUGCUGGACGAGUACUGCGCCACGUUGGCCGCGGAAGCCGGUGCAGACGUUCCUGUGCCGCACCGCGAUCAGCUGGACUCCGAAAUACGCGAAUACGGGUUCUACGGUCUGGUGCACGUGUCGUACUUCGCACGUGUAAUGUUGGAGGAAACCGUACAGGUGGAUUCCGAAGAGUACUAUGGAGCCGAUGAAUUCAAAUUGUUGAGCUUGUUUCUCUCGAGCGGUGGAGACCGGGCCACCGAUUGGGUCGCCGACGUCCUUCAACAUUUCAUCCGCUGCAAGUACGCCGGGACAUCCGCCGCCAACAAAAAAGGCAUAUGUCGGUCGAAAUAAAAUUAUUAGGAUCAAUAUUGUGAUAACCGUACUAUUGCGAAUCGACGUCCCGAAAAACUUGUUUGCUUUUUUUAUUUUUACUAUUGGUUUGUCGAGAAAAAUCCUCAAAAUAUUGCACCCACAGGUUGUUAAACCGAAUUAUAUUCGACUGUAAAUUCAACUUUUUGAUCUGGUCACAAACGAUUCCGGAAAGCUCGUCGUCGUCAUGAAAGUUUAACGACAUUAAAGGAUUCCGCUUUUCGUUUUGUGCGUGUUCACUUGUAUGUACACUCAGUGUUCACGGUUAGAAGAGUACCUACGCUACUCACGCAAUCGUUUCCUUUGUUUUCCACACGCAUAUUAUACGAAAUUUAAAUUCCACAAUUUCAGUAAGGCAUUGGCGAUUAAAAAAUGUACCUUAAUCAUAAAAUAUUAAGACGUUAACAUUAGCCUUGUUCUAUCAUCGGUUUUAAUCGAUGCUUGUUCCGAAUUUUUAAUUUUUCGAUUGGCCUGGCUACGUAUGUAAAGCAGGGACAAUAAAUGUAUAGAAGGCACUUAUUAUUCGAUCAAAAAUACCUUCCCCGAUUAUCUCCAUUAUAUUUUAUAGGCUCUUUUAUAUUUUAAUUAUAUUUGUAAAUUUCCAAUUUGCAAGAUAAUUUUUUGUUAUAAACCUGAGUAGGUACUGAAUCUAAUUAAUUUUUUAAUAUUUAAAUCAAAAAAAUGUUUUGUUAUUUAAUAGUGUAAGUUUAACGAGACAUUUUUGUUAAAAAUAUGUUAAAAUGUAAUAAUAGUCAGUAAUUUUAUAUAUGCCUUAGUGUAGAUAAUAUAAGUCUAUUUUCUAAACACAAAUAAACUCGUAUCAUGGUUGAUGGCGUGACAAAAGCAAACCAGGAUUACGCAAUAUCUAAAUUAUCGUUUACAAUAUUCACACCAUACACUUAAAUAUGUAUAAAAUAUUUAAGCUGUGGAUAUUUUCUUUAAAAACAUCAAGAAACAGUCUCCGCAACUUUUAGAUUUUAAGGAACUUUCUAUAGGCAACUAUUUCGGCCUCAAUCGAGUCGUUUU